AUGCGAAAAGCGGUUUCUAUUGAAUCAAUGAAAUAUUCUACAAGAUCAUCGACACCAUGCAGUUGGCGAUUGCAUACUUCCAGAUUUUGGAGUAGAGGAAAUAGAGGUGGUCGAACAAAUAUCACGUAUCGCUUAAUUAUUGAAAUUGGACAUCCUAUGGCUCCAGGAAGUGGAAAUGUACCGUAUCAAUUCAAUCAAAUGGUACCUGAAUCAACAUCAUAUUUUCCACAACAAAACAAUAUGCCUUUUCCUCCACCAUACUAUGAUCAAUCUGCUGCAGGAUUUUGCUCUCAUUGUGGGGUGCCACGACAAAAUAUCACAGCAAAAUUUUGUUCAUCAUGUGGUCAACUAUUCAAUAUGUAA